GAUGUUGUGUACCUUGUUUCAGACGUUGUGGAUGGCUCGUUGGAAGACAGCGACCCAACCCAAAUCGAGGUUCUACUGCAGGAAGAACCAAGAAGUGAAGCUGCUGGAGUUCACACAGCCGAGGGACAAGUUGCAGUCAUGGAUAAGGGCAGUGCCGGGGACGAACCAAGAAGUGAAGCUGCUGUAGUUCACACAGCAGAGAGACACGUUGCAGUCCUGGAUAAGGGCGGUGCCGGGGAAGGUCCAACUCCCUCUACAUCUGGAAGGAAGGCAACAAAAAAAACCAACAACACUUCAACAGGCAAAUCUAGGAGCCCAGAAAGAGACCCUGAUCGUAUUCCGCCUGGAGCAAUAAUGGCGGAGUUGUCACCCAAAUCCCGGCUGGCUCUCAUCAAGGCACGCCACAAGAAGGUGUCUGCCAUACAGAGAGUGGGGGAGACACUUGCAACACAGAUUAGCAAGGAAAACGCCUUAAUGCUUGAGGCUGGAAGAGCGGAGCACCAAGAAUUCAUGGCUGAGAUGCGGGCAUCCCGGGAGGCGGAAAUGGCCGCCAGGCAAGAGGAAAGGGCGGCCAGGGAAAGCAACAGUGCUCUUGUGCUCGCUGCAGUGAACUGCUUGAGGGACCUUUCAAACACAAUGGUUCCUCUUGCACAAGCCAUAGGUGCGAGAUAUUCCUCCCGUGGUGGUACACCGAGGCGUACGCCCCUUGAGGGCAAUCCAGCUGCGCUUGCAAUGGGUGAUAAUGAUGAUUCCCAAUCUGCUGCACCACAGAGGACUGUGUCCAGCAGUCAGCAGAGGUCACGUAGGGCCGCCAAGAGGAAGAUUCCAUAUUCGCCUACAAAACAGUGACACAAGGCAGGUGCUGCUGAUGUCUGGAGCGUGAUCCCUGAGAUCAUUAUUUUCAAACCUGCAUCGCUUUAUCAUGGCAUGCUGCUUUGCUGAGCAAGGUUGAAAAUCCUGCUUUGAUUCAAUGUUUUGAAUGCCGCCUUAUUGUUGUUCAUUGGUUACAUUCCUAGAUGCUCCUAAGCACUUUAGUUACUUAUUACUUUGAGAAGAAAACAGCUAUGCAUGUUGUCUUAUAACCAGUUCUCUGUUAUGCACUUUGAGGUAAUCUGUUAUUGAACUUUAAUUUUUAAAUGUAAACUAUGGGAAAUUGACAAGUAAAUGCAGUUGUCAAGAAAUAAAUGAUAGGCUUACCAUUGUUAGGAGUCUUUCCACAAAAAAAUAAAAUGCUUUAAGCCAAAAAAAA